AUGAGGUGGCCAUCACUUGGACUGGCGCUCCUCGCAGCGCAAGCUGCUGCCGACACUUCAGCGACAAUAACCAGUGCGCCUUCGACCACGUCGAGCAAGUCAGGCUCGAGUAGUCUGGAUCUGGCAGAGGCUACGACAAUCACAAACGGAACAGUCGCUUUACCAUCCGGCAGCUAUAUCACCUACAGCACAACAAUCACCCUUGCGAACGGCAAAUCCUCGGUCCUGGUGUCAACCCAAACCGCCCGCAAUGCGACGUUCACCUCGGGCAAUCAGACUGCGGUGUCAACCACUAGCUCAGACUCAUUAACGGUACUGGUGGGUGGCGGGCACACGACGACCCUCACGGGCAACAGCACAAUGAAUGCCACGGCGACCGCGACCGCGACACAAGCCCCGGUGAAGAAUACACGGCCCUGCAACGGCCAUCCUGAAUACUGCUCUCGCAGCUACUCCAAUAUCACCAUGGUUGCAGCUCAUAACAGUCCAUUUGUUCGAAAGGGCAGUGCUGCCUCAAAUCAAAUGUUACCGGUGACGACACAGCUGGAUGACGGUAUUCGCAUGUUACAAUUCGAAUCCCACUAUCGCAACGGCACCAUUAUGCUCUGCCAUACUUCAUGUGAUCUGUUAAAUGCUGGGACACUCGAAUCGUACCUCACGACGGUCAAUCAGUGGGUUCGGGAUCAUCCGUAUGAUGUUGUCACAAUCCUCAUGGUCAACAGUGACUAUGUGGACCCUGGAAAUUACACCGCUCCGGUUAUGAAUUCGGGCAUCAUGGACUUGGUUUACACAUCUCCAAAGAUCCCUAUGGCACUGCAUGACUGGCCGACAUUGUCCGACAUGAUCUUCGCGAACAAGCGGGUCGUCUUCUUCUUGGACUACCAGGCCAAUCAAACUGCUAUUCCAUGGCUCAAUGACGAGUUUUCACAAAUGUGGGAGACGCCAUUCUCCCCCACUGACCGCCAGUUCCCCUGUACAGAGCAGCGGCCGCCAGACCUAGCGCCCAAGGAUGCGAAGAACCGCAUGUACAUGGCAAACCACAACUUAAACGUGGAAUUGAACCUUGGCUCGUUGAGCAUUCUCAUCCCCAACACUGCGGUGAUUAACGAGACCAAUGCGGUCAGUGGGUAUGGCAGUCUGGGUCGCAUGGCGGACAACUGCACAGCAAUGUGGAACCGCCCACCUAACUUCCUGCUUGUUGACUAUUACAACGAGGGCAAUUUCCCCGGAUCUGUCUUUGAAGUUGCCGCCAAGAUGAACAAUGUGACCUAUAACGGUAAAUGCUGUGGACUCGUGUCGAGUGCACUCUCAAUUUUCUCAAGCGCCCAUCUGUCAACGAUCUUUAUGAUCUCGGCUGGUGUGUUCGCUUUCUCAUCUGCAUUCUAA